ACGAAAAAAUUAAAAAUGGUUGUAAAACAUAUCUGUAUAUCAUCAUUACCUAUCUCAACAGGUACAGCAUAUAUUAAAAAAGAGAAAGAAAAAAGUAAAAAACAUAUUUCAAAUAAGAGAUGUAACUCUUCCUAUUAUAUUUGCCUGGGUGCUCUAAUGGACAUAAUACACAUGCAAAUUGAAAACAAAUAUAGCAAAGAUAAUUAUUUAUAUUUCAUUGGAUCGAAAUACACAAAAGAUCUUUAUACAUGGCUGCAACAUUACAAAUACAAAGAGAUAUUUUUAAAGUCAUUUAUUACAUCAGUAGCUUUAUUUGCAAUAGGUGUAAAACUUGCCAAUGAAUUAGUUGCAUGGAGAAUAUUUUAA